UCUUUCUCUGGCUUGUGUCUCUUACACCUGUGCACUGCAGUGAGUCCCAAGUAAAAUGAUUGUUGCUUCUCCUUCACCUCCACCUCUCUUCCUGUUGCUUUCACUUCUGUUACCACCUACUCCUUCUCCUCCUCCUCCUCCUCCUCCAUUUCUUCAUCCCAACCAACAUACCUCCCUUUCUUGUUCUCAUUUCCUUUUCCUUCUCCCAAUUUAAUGCCUUUCAGUGUCUUCUUUCACAAUUCUCAUCUUUCUCUUGAUUUCUCUCUUCUUUCUCUUCAUGCAUUCCUUCUUUUGUAGCAGCAGCAGCAGCAGCAGUAACAGUGGUAGUAGUGCUGCUUAUUAGUGCUUCUUUGCUUGUUUUGAUUCUUUUGGUUUUGUUUCUUUUUUGGGUGGUGGUGGUUGUUGAGGAAAAUGGAGAGCAGUGGAGAGGACUGCUGUGUCAAAGUUGCUGUGCAUAUCCGGCCUUUGAUUGGGGAUGAGCGUUUGCAGGGUUGCAAGGAUUGUGUUUCUGUUGUUCCUGGGAAACCCCAGGUGCAACUUGGAAGUCAUUCAUUUACUUUUGAUCAUGUUUAUGGGAGUACUGCUUCUCCAUCAUCUGCCAUGUUUGAAGAGUGUGUCGCUCCACUAGUCGAUGGUUUGUUCCAAGGAUAUAAUGCAACUGUUCUUGCAUAUGGUCAGACGGGUUCGGGAAAAACAUACACGAUGGGGACAGGAGGCAGGGACAGUAGUCAAUCUGGACUUAUUCCUCAGGUUAUGAAUGCGCUAUUUAGUAAGAUUGAGAGUCUGAAACAUCAAACAGAGUUUCAGUUGCGCGUCUCAUUUAUUGAGAUUCUAAAAGAAGAAGUCAGAGACUUGUUGGAUCCUGCUUCUACUGGGAAGGUUGAGGCUGGCAACGUACAUGUUGGGAAGGUAACAGUACCAGGGAAGCCUGUUGUACAAAUCCGUGAGGCAUCAAAUGGAGUAAUAACGCUUGCUGGGUCUACUGAAGUUGAUGUUAGUUCCCAAGCAGAAAUGGCUGCCUGUCUAGAGCAAGGUUCAUCAAGUCGAGCAACUGGAAGUACAAAUAUGAAUAACCAAUCAAGUCGCUCCCAUGCGAUUUUCACAAUAACAUUGGAGCAGAUGCGCAAACUAGAUCCCAUUUUUGCAGCAGAUGGCAGUCCUAUUGAGGACAUGAAUGAAGAUUAUCUAUGUGCAAAGCUCCAUCUGGUAGAUCUUGCAGGUUCGGAGAGGGCUAAACGCACAGGGUCAGAUGGUUUACGAUUCAAAGAAGGUGUUCAUAUCAACAAGGGACUUCUGGCACUUGGCAAUGUCAUCAGUGCUCUUGGGGAUGAGAAGAAGAGGAAGGAAGGUGUUCAUGUUCCUUAUCGUGACAGCAAGCUUACUCGACUUUUGCAGGACUCUCUUGGGGGAAAUAGCCGGACUGUGAUGAUUGCUUGUAUAAGCCCAGCAGAUAUUAAUGCAGAGGAGUCUCUUAACACACUGAAAUAUGCUAAUCGGGCCCGCAACAUUCAAAAUAAACCUAUUGUCAACCGAAAUCCAAUGUCGGCUGAGAUGCAAAAGAUGCGUCAGCAGCUUGAAUACUUGCAGGCCGAGCUACUUGCUCGUGGAGGAGGAACUUCAUCUGAUGAAGUUCAAGUUCUAAAGGAAAGAAUUUCGUGGCUUGAAUCUACCAAUGAAGAUCUUCGAAGGGAACUUCAUGAGUACCGGCACCAACUCGGACUUGCUGAUGAGCAUUAUGAAAAUGAAGCUCAACUAGCAACCUUAUCUGGAGGUAGAAGUUGUUUUGUGAAAUCAGAAGGGCUGAAACGGAGCCUGCAGUGUUCAGACAGUUUUGAAUAUCAAAUGGCUGAUAACCUAGAAGUAGUUGAUAACUCAAAGGAGAUUGAUGAAGAGGUAGCUAAGGAAUGGGAACAUACGAUGUUGCAAAACACUAUGGGCAAGGAAUUGAAUGAGUUAAAUAAGCGUUUAGAGGAGAAAGAGUCUGAGAUGAAAUCAUUUGGUGGAUUUGAAACUUUUGCUCUCAAACAGCAUUUUGGAAAGAAGCUCGUGGAACUUGAAGAUGAAAAAAGAAUCGUACAGCAAGAGAGGGACCGUCUUUUGGCUGAAGUAGAAAGCUUGGCUGGUAAUUCUGAUGGGCAAACACACAAAUUACCAGAUGCCCACUUGCAGAAAUUGAAGUCCCUUGAAGCACAGAUAUUGGACCUCAAGAAAAAACAAGAAAAUCAAGUGCAGCUUUUGAAGCAAAAGCAGAGGAGUGAUGAAGCUGCAAAGAAACUCCAAGAUGAAAUACAAUUUAUUAAAGCACAAAAGGUUCAGUUGCAACACAAGAUCAAACAAGAAGCAGAACAAUUUCGGCAAUGGAAAGCGUCUCGGGAAAAGGAACUUCUUCAGUUAAGGAAAGAAGGGAGGAGAAAUGAAUAUGAGCGGCACAAGCUCCAAGCCUUGAACCAGCGACAGAAAUUGGUUCUGCAAAGGAAGACAGAGGAGGCUGCCAUGGCUACCAAGAAAUUGAAGGAGUUGUUAGAAGCUCGUAAACUUGCUGGACGUGAAAAUUCAGUUGCUGCAAAUGGGAAUUCUCCUGGAACUCAGGUCAGUGAAAAGUCAUUCCAACGGUGGCUGGAUCACGAGCUUGAAGUCAUGGUCCAUGUGCAUGAAGUUCGUUCAGAAUAUGAGAAACAAAGUCAAGUACGGGCUGCAUUAGCAGAAGAACUUGCCGUCUUGAAGCAAGACGAUGCAUUUCUGGGGGGACAUAGUCCUUCAAGAGGGAAAAAUGGAUCUUCCAGAAUAUAUCCAAUGUCACCAAAUGCAAGGCUGGCUAGAAUAGCAUCACUGGAGAAUAUGGUGAGCAUUUCAUCAAAUACUCUUGUCGCUAUGGCUUCCCAGUUAUCUGAAGCGGAGGAACGAGAACGUGCAUUUACUGGUCGUGGGCGGUGGAAUCAGCUGCGAUCAAUGGGAGAUGCAAAGAGCUUGCUCCAGUACAUGUUUAGUGUUGCUGUGGAUGCAAGAUGCCAGUUACGGGAAAAGGAAAUUGAGAUCAAGGAGCUAAAGGAGCAAAUGAAUGAGCUUGUUGGCAUUCUCCGACUUAGCGAAGCUCGGAGAAAAGAAGCAGAGAAGCAGUUGAAAUCAAGAGAGGAUACUAUGGCCUCUGCACCGGCUACACCACCACCUUCUGAAAAAUCAAAUGGCUUGUUAAAACACAGCGCCGAUGAAACCAGCACACCACUAUCUCCUGUACCUGUACCUGCUCAAAAACAGCUCAAGUACACACCUGGCAUUGCUAAUUCCCCAAGUAGAGCAUUCAACAUGCCACAACAAAAGAUGGUCCCGGUCAGACAACUACCGGUGGCGAAAAAACUGGCACUGGCAGGACAAGCAGGCAAACUAUGGAAAUGGAAAAGAAGUCAUCACCAAUGGCUAUUACAAUUUAAGUGGAAAUGGCAGAAACCAUGGAGAUUGUCUGAAUAUGUUCGCCAGUGUGACGAGACAAUCACAAGAUCACAGCCUCGGCCUCGGCCUCAACUGCAACCUCGACGGCCCAUACUAUGACUUCAAGCUCUUCUCACUUCUAACUAUUAUAUCAUCACGGUAAAGAUACGACGUGCGUGCAAUUAAGCUUUGAAAAAAAUCUACUUGAGCAUGUGUACAUAAUGUUCUAAAGUUUGGGCAUUAUAAACAAGCUGUCAACUAAUCAAUCAAUCAACAUGAGCUUGUUUCAUGCUUUGGAGUGAUUUUCAGAGGAAAAAAAAAAGAGUAAAGAGCAUCAUGUAAAGUGAUUUUUGAUGCAAAUUCAUCAUAAUUUUAAGCUUGAGAUGUUGUUUUUCUUUUUA